AUGACUGGCAAACAGCGAGGUGAGAUCAGCAUCAGAAGUUUGGUGGAUGAACUUCGGGUGACCUAUGUGGAAGAUGCGAACUGUGACCAUGUCAUCAAUUUGGCUCAGCUCGAGUGGGUGUCCAAGAGGAUUCACAAAAGAAAGUCCUUGGUGCAGAAUCCCGACUGUGAACGAGCCUGGCUGAAGAAGUGGCGCUGUGCCAUUGACCAGCAGGUGCAUACAGGGAAGACCUUGGCGGCGGCGGCGGUUUCGCGGGAGCUGGCUAG